UGCUGCUGCAGUGCUCGGUCGGGGAUCGUCGGCAACCGCUUUCGAGAAGGCAGAGGAUCUUGGGAAGGGCAAGGACAGGCAGAUAAUCUAUCUCGCGGCUCAGCGCUCGGCCAAGGUCAGCGCCUAUCGCUUCUCACAAGCCAGGCCCCGCCACCGCCUCUAUUGCCCCGCCAACAAAACCAAGAACAGCAGCCGUACCGCCCCCAUCCUUCACCCCGCAGUCCCGAUUGCUAGCGGUAUGGCUCGCGCGGCGUUUUUCGCUACCCUCCUCCUCGCAGCUCCAGUAAUUUCACUUCCAGUAACAAAUCCGACAACUCAAGAUGACACCAAGGUGAUGACGUGCAUUGCUGAGGUUAUUUCUAAUACAGUAGCAAAGCCAAUUCCACUCUCAGUCAGCCAAGAAUGCCUAGAAACUCUCCAAGGAGAUGAAAGAAUUCGUUCCAUCCUUCGCCAUCAAAACUUAUUAAGGGAGCUUCAAGAGAUUGCAGUUCAAGGAGCAAGUGAAAGAACAGAGCAGCAGAAGAAAAACAGUGGAUUUGAAGAUGAGCUUUCUGAGGUCCUUGAAAGCCAAAGCAACGGGAACAUAGAAAGAGAUCUAUCAGAGGGGACCCACAGUGAGAAGCCAACUGCCUCUUUGGCUGAACUGGAAGAAGAAAAGUCUUUUAAAAGUAAACAGGAUGUUUUGAAAGAGGAGGAGAGGAAUAGCUUGGAAGAGCGAGAGCCAAGGAUUCAAGAUGUUGAUCCUGGGGAUGAAAAGGAGAACAUGGCAGGAUUUGAGGGUAAUGAGGUUGAUGAAAUGGAAGGAUUGCCUUGGAGUGAUGCAAUAGACAAUCACAUCAGUGACAUCAGGGAAGAUGAGGUACUUAAGCAGACACACCAGGAAGUUGAAGAAGUUGCAGAGGGAUUUGAGGGUGAGGAUGAGCAUGUUUUCAAAGACAGCCAGGAGGAACGGGACAGCAGUGUCAGAGAGCAGGCUGAGAAGGAAGAAGAGGAGAAAGAAGAAAAGGAUGAAGAAGAAGAGAAAGAGGGGGACACUUCUGAAGAGGAACAUCCCACCAAUUCCGAUAAUAUGGAUGAUCAAAGGGAAGAUGAUUCACAAGAUGAUGACAAAAAUUCCUCAGAGGAAAAAGACAAAUAUAAUAUGAAAGGUAGAAGGUAUCACCCCCUAGAUGGAACAAGACAGGAUGAUGACACCUCCCAUGACAGGGAUUCCAAAAGUGGAGAGAUGGAAAAGUCCCCUUUCCAGGAUGUAGAAGAUGCUAAGAGAUGGAACAAGAUGGAUGAGCUGGCCAAACAACUGACUACUACAAAGCGUGCAGAGGAAAAUGAAAGUGAUGAAGAUCCAGAUAGGUCCAUGAAAAUGGCUUUCAAAUCCCACAACACAUUUGACUUCCAUGACUCUCCAGAAGAAGAAGCAAGGAGGGUGCAGAAACAUCAUUCAAAAGAGGAGGACAGUGAACAAGGUUUUCCACUUCUUCCCAUACCUGAAGAAAAAAAGGAUGAAGAAGGGAGUGCAAACAGGAGAACAGAGGACCAAGAACUGGAAAGCUUGGCUGCCAUAGAAGCGGAACUGGAGGAAGUUGCCCACAAGCUCCACACCCUGAGAAGAGGUUAAUCCUUCAGUAACGUAACAUGGGAGCAAGACACCAGAAAUUUUGAGUCACCGUUUUAAACACUGCAGUUUAUUUUAAAACAAUAAAGUAAUAAUGGAGCAGGUGAUUUUUUUUUCCAAAAGCCUGUAUUACAACAAAAAACAGCCAUUUCUCUCUUUUGUAGUCGUAAUGCUUGCUUUUUGUCAUAAUUUGCUUAUUUGCUUUCUGCUUGCUUUACUUACGAUUUUGUUUUGUAAUAUUUGGAUUACUGCAUAAUUAGCGGUAUGACUUAACUCAUGUAUUCUUUGUUGCAAAAAAAAAAAGGGAUUGAUUUAUGAUUUCCUUUCUUGUUAUUUCCUGUCCCCUCCCUGCCCCCCCCCCAUAUCAGCUUUCUAGAAUUGUUUAUUUCUCCCAUUAGAUUUCCUGGAUAAAAUGACUUGCAAUAACUUGUUAACCUUCUGAUUUAAAGAUAGCACUCUUGACUGCAAUACAUUCUAUAUAAAAGCUAAGGACAAAAAUAAAGACACAAUCCUGGUU